AAAACUUUUUGUUUUGACAUUGAAAACUGAAAUGUCUGAAAAGAAAAACGACGAGCUUUACAAAUACAAUCAUACCGUCGGUUUGGUUACAAAUGCGUCUUAUUUGACACAAAAUUUGGCUCUGUUGAAUACGGAAGACUACUUUAAAGCUGACUGUUUGGCAGUGGCGCACGAGGGUCAUAUAAAUUAUAUUCCUCUGGUGAACACGUUGAGGAGGUGCAAGUAUGUUCCUAUAUGCGGUGGUUGUGAUAGAGGUAAAGGAAUAAUCAAAUGGAUGAGAUGGGUGAAAAUAAACAACGAUACCUACUUUGUUUGUUUAUCGACUAUCGGAAUUCAAUUUUAUGAUAUCGAACUAACCGAUGUUCAAUUUGAGUUCGAUUUCAAAGAACUCAAUGGUAGACUAUCCCUGCCCUUAGGUGCGUGCGUCCUUGGUGAUACACUGUUCGUAGGAACAGCGAUGGGGAUGAUAGUGAUGUUCAAAAGUAUGGACGAUUGUGUGAAAAUGACAAAUCAUUUGCAAGUGUCCCCAUUUUUGUAUCUCGAAGGAGCGAAUGAUUGUCUCGUGACGGUUGGUAGGGAAGAGAUGAAAUCGUACAAAGUAGAGGAUGGAGAAUUGAAUCCGGUGGCUGUUUUGAAGGAGAGUCUCUUAUUAUACAGCGUGCUGAAAAUAUUCGACGACAAUCUUUUCAUUGGUCACCAUACAGGAGAAUUGAGCCUGAUGUCGUUCCCCAAUCUAAAUGUUAUAAUCAAGCAGAAAAUGCAUGACGGAGAAAUCCUUGCUAUCGACUAUUCCUCCAAUAAACAAAUCUUGUUAACAGCUGCCGAAGAUCUGUUUUUCAGAGCAUGGAAAGUGAACGAAUCUCAGAGGACGUGGGACUGCAUUUAUGAGGUGAAGAAUGAAGAUAGGCCUUAUUGUGGGAUAGGCUUUACUAACAGAAACUGUACAGAAUUUUGCUGCGUGAAAUCCAAUAGUCUGAUUGUCGAUUUCUAUAUUGAAACUACUGAAGAAACUUUCGAUAGUUCCGAUGAUGACUUUAUUACUGACAUUGAUACUGUACCUCUUUGUUAA